AUGUCACCAAUGUGGAGUUUUUUAGGUCUGCUCUGCUUGCUUGCUGGUGCAUCUCAUGCUGCUGAGGUCUGUUUAGCUGAGCUUGGUUGCUUUAAUGACCUGCCUCCAUGGGGGGGAACCACCCAGCGACCGGUGCCGGUCCUACCGUGGGCCCCUGAGAAAUUAGCCACCCGCUUCCUUCUCUUCACACAGAGAAACCGUUACUACCAGGAGAUCAAGACUGACUCAACCAUCCAGGCAUCAAACUACGGUGCCAUGAGAAACACUCGAUUCAUUAUUCCUGGUUACCUGGAAAAAGGGGAUGAAGACUGGCCACAAAAGAUGUGCAAGGUUAUGCUGAAAUGGGAGAAUGUGAACUGCAUCGCUGUUGAGUGGAAAAAUGGUGUGAGGACUCAAUAUGCCCAGGCAGCCAAUAAUGGUAGAGUGCUGGCUGCACAGGUGGCAUCCAUGAUGACAUUUCUCAUGGGCAACUACAAGCAGACGGCAAAUAAGUUUCAUAUUAUCGGUCAUAGCCUUGGCGCUCACGUUGCUGGAGAAAUCGGUAGCAAGAUCAGCGGCCUUGCACGCAUCACAGGACUGGACCCGACUGAGCCAUAUUUCCAUGACACAAACGUAGCAGUGCGCUUGGACACAACUGAUGCCACUUUUGUGGAUGUCAUUCACACUGACGGACUACCUUUCUACUCAAAACUUGGUCUUGGGAUGUCCCAGCCCAUUGGCCACAUUGACUUCUACCCCAAUGGAGGAGAACUAAUGCCUGGUUGCAAUGCAAACAAAGGCAGUUCAUCAAACCUGGAUGCUAUCUGGGAGGGUACGAAAAGAUUUGAUGCCUGCAAUCAUGUCCGAGCUUACCAGUAUUACCAGGAGAGUAUGGUUAAACCUCAAGGAUUUGUAGGAUUCCCUUGCUCCAAUGCGACCAGUUUCGCAGCUGGAAAAUGUUUCCCGUGCGCUACUGACAAAUGUCCUCUGAUGGGCCGCUAUGCCGACAGGUUCUCUUUGACCAACAUUACUUCACAGACAAAGUACUUCCUUGGCACAGGCAGUUCUGAACCCUUUGGACGUUACAGCUGCAGUCUAAAGGUAACCUUGGAUGGUCCAAGGUGGUCUAACCUAGGCUUCAUGUAUGUGGCUCUUGCUGGAGAAAAGGACUCAACAAAAGAAUACCAACUUCACGUUGGCACAAUAAAGCCAGGAAAGACCUAUGAAGUGCACAUUAACGCUGAAAUUGAUGUUAGUACCGUAACGCAAGUCAGAUUUCGGUGGAACAACCACAUCUUCAACCCCAUGAAGCCCAAGUACGGUGCAUCUAAAGUGGAACUGCUGAGGGGCAAAGACAAGAAGGUCACUCACUUCUGUGGGACAGAAAACGCUGCAGAAAAUGUGGUGCAGUCCGUGCUUCCUUGCCAAGCUUAA